AUGGCUGCGAAGUACUCCCGCCGGCCGAGUUAUCUCGAAGCCCCGUUGUCACCUUCGAUCAUACCCGACCUGGCGAUAUUGCCCCGACCCCUCCCAGCUGAGAAGCUGCCGUGCGGCCAGCUGGUGUCCAAGGCAUCCAAGUAUACACCCAAAGUCCUUGAGGACCGCGACUUCGACGACGUUGGCACACGUUGGUACAAGGAUGUAAUCUUCUUCAACGGCUCCACCGGUCACUUCACUGAAUCAUUCGGUGGAGCUCACCUCGUCCAAAAGCCUCUCGAUAAGGACAUGGAAGCGGGCACCAUUGAAGCCGAGGAGCAACACGUGCGCAUGUUGAAAGAUGCCAAUGCUGCCUUUCAGAAGCUGGCUUCGUAG